UUGCAAGGCGGAUGAGAUGGAGGACAAAGAGAGAAAGAAGAAGGAUGAAAAGUCCUCCAAGAGCGACAGAGUCACCCUGAAAAAAGAAAUUGGACUUCUGAGCGCUUGCGCUAUUAUCAUCGGGAAUAUCAUCGGUUCUGGGAUAUUCAUCUCACCUAAAGGAGUGUUGGAGCAUGCAGGUUCAGUGGGGCUGUCACUCAUUGUGUGGGUUUGUGGAGGAGGGAUCUGUGCCCUUGGGUCCCUGUGCUAUGCUGAACUGGGUGUCACCAUCCCAAAGUCUGGAGGAGACUAUUCAUAUGUGACAGAAAUCUUUGGAGGUCUUGUGGGGUUCCUGUUGUUAUGGAGCGCUGUCCUCAUCAUGUAUCCAACCACGCUGGCUGUCAUUGCACUCACCUUCUCCAAUUACGUCUUGCAGCCGGCCUUUCAGGACUGCCUGCCUCCAUACAUCGCCACCAGACUCCUUGCCACCAUCUGUAUCUUGUUCCUGACCUGGGUGAACUGCUCCAGUGUGCGCUGGGCAACAAGGAUCCAAGAUGUUUUCACUGUAGGAAAACUCCUUGCUCUAGUACUCAUCAUAGUGGUAGGACUUGUCCAGAUCAGUAGAGGUCACUAUGAUGCCCUGCGGCCCAGUGUGGCUUUUGAAUUUAGUGAGGACCCCUCAGUGGGGCAGAUAGCGCUGGCCUUCCUCCAGGCUUCUUUUGCCUACAGCGGCUGGAAUUUCCUCAACUAUGUCACAGAAGAAGUUGUGGAGCCACGCAAGAACCUGCCCCGUGCCAUAUAUAUCUCCAUCCCACUGGUGACCCUGGUCUACACAAUGACCAACAUCGCCUACUUCUCCUCCAUGACCCCAGAGGAGCUGCUUGCCUCCAAUGCUGUGGCAGUGACAUUUGGGGAAAAGCUCCUGGGGAUGUUUUCCUGGGUGAUGCCGAUCUCUGUAGCACUGUCCACUUUUGGAGGAAUUAAUGGAUAUUUGUUCACCUCCUCCAGAUUGUGUUUCUCGGGGGCCAGAGAGGGUCACCUGCCUUACCUGCUGGCUAUGAUCCACCUUAAAAACUGCACACCAAUUCCUGCACUGCUUGUCUGUUGCAUUGCCACAAUAGUCAUCCUGUGUAUUGGAGAGACACACAACCUGAUCAACUAUGUGUCCUUUAUCAACUAUCUGUCCUAUGGGGUAACCAUCGCCGGCCUUCUGUACCUCCGCAAGAAGAGACCCAACCUGGCCAGACCCAUCAAGGUAAACAUGUUGGUCCCCAUCACCUACAUGGUUUUUUGGGCGGUGCUGCUGUGCUUCAGUCUGUACUCUGAACCAGUGGUUUGUGGCCUGGGAAUGGUCAUCAUGCUAACUGGAGUGCCUGUGUACUUUGUGGGUGUUCAGUGGAAGGACAAACCCAAGUGGAUCUACAGGCUUCUUGAAAAAGUCACAUUCAUGGGCCAGAAGGUGUGUUAUGUGGUGUUUCCUCAGGAAGACCCCUCAGAGACUGAACCCCUCACUGCCUCCAAAGCCACUGACUGAGCAGUGAAGCUAACCAGGACUUCAUUUUUACAUCAACACCUGUUCUUCCAGUUUUUGUGUUCCAGUUUUUCCCAAUGAUUAGUCAGUAAAUUGUUAAGAGAAGGCUUCAUAUAUAUUUUUGCACAGGUCCAACCUGAAUCGGCAGGGAUGGAGCCGCAGUGUGGAAGAAGUGUAUGGUUGUACUUCGGCCUAAGCAUGUUAGUCCUCCAGCUGAGGCAUGCACUUCAUUGGUUGGUUUGAUAGGACUGUCCAUUGUCUUCACCAGUAUGUCAAGUUCUCUCUCUCCCACAGAUCUUCAUCUUUUUCCCCCCUCCUCUCACUUAAACAGCCUCCAUCUGCCAUCCUCUGGUUCACUUCCAGGACUUUUACUUUUGUGACUUUAACUAAAUUCUUAUGCUAAUGUGCCUUAUGAAAUAUAUAGUGUAUUGGUUUGUGCGGGUAUUUCGAGUGUAUAGUAAUGUUUAUGAGGUAAAUAUGCAAGCAGUUUCUGCACUUAGCAAUACUUCUUUAUUACUGCUGCUACCUUGAGCUCUGUUUCACUAAUUACUCAUAUGAUGUUCACUGUUGGUCAACCGUCGAUGAUGAAUUUUUCUGUCUGUAUAUCUGCCUGACUACAAUAUCUGGCCAUUAGUUUUACUUUACACCCACUGUUUUGUUUUCAAAAUAAUAUCCCUUCUCUUUCCUGAUAUAUACUGUAGGUGCCUUCAGGUUGCUAUUAGAGAGAAUAUCUACAAAACUCUCAUCUUUCCCAGCAAUAUUGACAGAGACAGGAGGUAAAGUUUGUUGCUGUCAGCUGGACCACUAGCAGACUCUCUGAGGAGUUAAUAGGAUGAAUCAGUACAACACCGAUGACAGGCUAUUCUUCUAUGUUUUGAAAGUUUCCGUCUUUGGUCUCCUGAGUUAAGCACUUUAAGACUGCUGAGCUUGUUGCUUUAGAAACGUUAUCACUUCGGGAAUGCCACUGUGAACUCUUUCAAGGUGCUUGACCAGCCAAGACAGUUAUUAGAUUUCAGAUUUCUCACCUGUUGCUACGGUACAGUUCUUACCAUUAACGUGUUGUUGGAUAACAUAGGCAGACAGAUGGAUGGCUGACAGUGGAUGUUUACUUGUGCACAGGCCUGUUCUCUCCUCCAAAGACACACUGGCACUGCAGUGACCCCUAGCCCACUGACUCUUUAUAGAUCACAUAACUUAGUAUGGUGCUUUUGUCAUAAUGCAGUUGAUUUGAUUAUAGAUGAUUAAUGACCCUGUAGACUUUCUGUGGUCCUGUUGAUUCAGCAUAUUGACUUAAACACUUCAUUGAAUAACUGA